UGCGGCGCCGCUUCCGUCGGUGGGGGCCGACCGAAAUGGCGGCGGCCACAGCAGCCUUGUCCCUCUCCUCCGCAGCCUCCUCCUCGUCUGCCGCGCUGCUGCGCCCGGGCUGGGCGCCCCUGAGGCGGUGGCGAACCCUCGCUCGCAGCACCAGCAGCUUCCCUCGCAGCGCCGCCAGUGAUGAAGCAACUGUUAUCUCAGGGACGAAGCUGGCGCACCAGGUGUUGAAAGAAGUUCGAAGGGAUGUGGAAUUGUGGAUAUCUGCUGGGAACCAGAGGCCUCACCUUGCUGUCAUAUUGGUAGGAGACAAUUCAGCCAGUCACAUCUAUGUCAGGAACAAGAUAAAGGCAGCUGCAGCUGUGGGUAUGUCAUACAAGUGUUCCUUUGGCAUUUCUAGUGAGAUCAUACUGAGGCCUAAAGACAUUUCACAGGAAGAGCUCUUGGAUAUGACAGCAAAACUCAACAAGGAUUCCAGAGUUAGUGGUUUAUUAGUUCAGCUACCUCUCCCAGAUCACAUAGACGAGCGGACGGUGUGCAACGCCGUCGUCCCUGAGAAGGAUGUGGAUGGGUUCCAUAUCAUGAACAUCGGGCGGCUGUGUCUCGAUCAGCCUUCCAUCAUCCCUGCCACCGCUGCUGCCGUCUGGGAGAUCAUAAAACGGACAGGAAUACAAACAUUUGGGAAAAAUGUUCUUGUAGCCGGAAGAUCCAAAAAUGUUGGAAUGCCCAUUUCAAUGCUUUUACAUACUGAUGGAGAGCACGAAAGGCCUGGAGGUGAUGCUACAGUGACCAUUACUCACAGAUACACCCCGAAAGAGCAGCUCAAGAUCCAUACACAGCUUGCUGACAUAGUAAUAGUUGCUGCAGGUAUCCCAAAGUUGAUUACAGCCGAUAUGGUCAAAGAAGGUGCAGCUGUGAUUGAUGUAGGCAUCAACCAUAUCCACGAUCCUCUUACAGGAAAAACCAAAUUAGUUGGGGAUGUGGACUUUGAAGAAGUGAAGAAGAAGGCUGCCUUUAUCACUCCGGUGCCGGGAGGGGUAGGACCUAUGACUGUUGCAAUGCUUCUGAAGAACACACUCCUGGUCGCUAAAAAGCUCAUUUACUAGAGCAAAUGGGUUACCUUGGAAGAAGAAUCUGAGUUGUUCUAUUUAUUGAUACACAAAACACUUAUUUUUUACUAUAAAUAUAUUUAUUUCUACCUUGUAUUUAUUUUUUCAUGUCAGGUAUGUUAAAUCUGAUGGUUUAUAAAAUGUUCAGAUGCUUUGUCUUACCUCCUACUGACUUAUUGUGAUAAAAAUCGACUUAGAGAAUGCAGCCUACACAGGUAUGUUGGUGGUGGUGGCCAAUUAUGUGUUUGAGACUGAAGAAUGAAGCAUGAAUUACAACUUGACCUAUGUAUUGGGGCAGUUGUCAAGGUCUUGUAAACACCUGGGACCUGUUCAAACAACAUAAAAACUAAGACAUGCUAGCUUUCUUUCAAAUACAUGGUUUGGGUUCUGAGGUCACUAAGCACUCUGGAUGUAGUUCUGGGUUUUCAAAUAUUUUUUUGAACAAUUAGAGCCAGCAGUGGCCAGGCAGUAAUGCUGACAUGAAUGCAAAUGUUCAGUAAAUGUUUUGAAACAGUCAAAUAAGCUUGAACGCUGGUGAAAUUCUGACUUGAAGCAUCUGCAAGAGGUAAGCAUGAAUAAGUAGCUAGAAUUGAGAUUGCAGUUAAUUUUUUUCCAUGUCUGGGCAAAUCGCUUUGGUGCUUAAUAAUGCCAUUUCACAAAAACCUCCCAAACCUGACCAGCUGAUUGGGCUGAAUUUUGUUGAAAUUGAAUGGAAUGGAAUGAAAUUGAUUGGAAUUGAGUGGAACGUAGUUAAAACUACUCUACACGUACCAAAUAUAUAGUGCGGCAGGAGAUCAAGAGGAGGAGAAAACCAAAGCUUUAUCCCUCAUGAAAUAUUUGUGUUGAACUUUAAGCCAUUUAAUUAUUCUCUUAUUUUUCAAAACCACAUAAAGAGGGCUUUUUUUAGUCAACGUUGUAAGCCUUGGCUUCAAUGGCCACAGUAUUUUGCUGGCUAGAGAAGAGCAUAUGGGAUGAGCGUGCCUAUAUUCCCAAAGUUGUUUCCUGGAGAGAUCUAUAGCAGCCACUGCUGAGAUGCCAGUUCAGCUGAGUGUGUGCACAGGUGACAUUCCCACUGAAGGCAGUGGUAGACAGUUUGACUGCUACGUGUUUUUAUCUGAGUCAGGAUUGCUGAUUUAUUUUCAUCAUGAGCCAUAGGUGUUUGCUACUGGGCUAUACUUAACUUGGAAGGAGAAGGAAAAAGACUGUUGUUAAGUUCUCUUGCUGUUAAAGGGAAAGAUGCCCUUACUGUGAUCAAGAAGUCAAGGUGGAGCAUCAUUUCCGUGCUGACUGUUCUUGUGAUGGAUUUUGUGUUUGCUUUAGCACGGUGUUUGCAGAAGUUUGACAGGAUUAUUACUAAAUAUACGGUGCCAAUGAUGCAGACACUUGCUUGUCUUUUUAAAUGCAGGUGGUAAUAUAAAUUUAUGUGGUAAUGUAAGUGUUACGAGGAUGAAGGUACCUAUGGAGACUGUACUUGGACUCAUCAACCCAUGACUGAAAGAUGGAAUAAAACUUGUUCGCUCUUA